AUGAGUUUAGCGGACAUAUUUGAAAAAUGCGUUUGUUUCGUCAACGCACUUCCCAAAAGUGAAAUAAUAUCUUUGGAGAAUAAACUACUUUUGUACAAAUACUUUAAGCAAAGCACAGUUGGAAACUGUAACAUAGAUGCACCAAGCAUGUUUAGGCUCCAGGAAAGGAAAAAAUAUGAAGCAUGGAAAUCAAUUGAAAAUUUGAGCAAAGAGGAAGCACAGAAGAAGUAUGUCGAAACGGUUCAGAAUUUGUACCCAGACUGGGACAAGGGAAUAUAA